CGUCACCUACGCGCGUUGGCGCACAACUUCAAUUGGGUGGGGCCGAGCCGAACGUCGUGCCGUCAUGUUCUGCGCCAUUGCGUCACUUGCAGCGCGAUUACGUCACUACCAACUGGCGUGCGCGACGACGUCAUUACGCAAGGGGGACCCCUCGCAGAUUUAAAAAAAAAAUCGUUACAAUGGUUUUUGCUUAGAUUUACAGAAAAACCAAUUAAUCAUUCGUACUUACAAUCACCGUAAAAUCAUCGUGGUCGUAAUAAUAAUAUCGGUGAAGAAACAUUCGUUGCCAAAACAACAAUCCUUCCGAGGUAAGCGGGCGUGCUGUGGCUUAACGUUCAGAAUGGCCGCGUGGUUUUGUGUCGCUGAUUGAAGGCCUCGUCUCCCGUUCCGUCGUGGCCACCUCUCGCCUUGCCUUAUCCCCACGGCAACAAAAACAUAUAACUUUAUUGAUGUGGCAGGGGGGGCAAUAAAGUUAUAAAGCAUUGUCUGAAAAAACUUUAUCAAUGGACCGCAUUUUGUCGAGGCUUUAGUAAAGUUAUAGCUGAGAAGGCCCUCUCCAGUACAACUUUAUCGACACCAUGCUCGGUGCCGAUUGAGGUUGGAGUCAACCGGCCAUGGUCAAUCCACCGCUGGAUGUGGGCCCCCCUCCACGCCGUGCAGGUCGUGAGCGUCGUAAAAGUCCAUACUUCACCACCCUGGUCACACUGCGGCUCCGGUAUUUGGUGCGGGGUGAUCACGUCGUCGUCAUCAGCCAUGGUUCAUAACAAAGGUGUUCGUUGUGCGUUAGAUCGCGUAAAUAUAAAUGUCUAUGACGCAGCCGUGUGAGUAAGGUUCGUCACGUAGACAACACGUGCCAGUUCGUCACGAGUUCAGCCGCACUUGUUUCUGUGUUGGGAGAGUAAAACCCCGCUGCAACGUUGGACAACGAGCGAGGGCGGCGUUUCUCGCUGGUGAUUGUAACAGAGCCAGCUUCAAUCAGGCGGUCAAUCCACCGCUGGAUGGAUGUCAGCGCCUCACCAUCCCCCCAGACUCGGCCUUUACCGUCAAACCUCGCUGCUCCGCCAGCAACCAGGUGGUUCGGUGAGCAGCUUGACGGGAACUCGAACAGGCGAACUGGUCAAACAGUUGGGACAUAAAGCUCUGGACGAGCGGCCGGACGAGCGCGCACGCGACCGAUGGAGCUGCCGAACUACGCGCACACGCUGCUGCGCCGCCUGUCUGCGCUGCGACGCCAGCAGCGGUUGUGCGACGUGACGCUGGUGGCGGGCCGCGUGGCUUUCCGCGCGCACCGCGCCGUCCUGGCGGCCGCCAGCCCCGCGCUGCUCGGGGCGCUGCUGCUGGAGGCUGAUGCCGCCACGCUCUCCGUGGACCCCUCCAUCGCCACUGCCGAUGAGAUCGCGCUGCUCCUGGAGGUGGCAUACGCCGGCACCAUCCCGCCGGGCCGGCAUAAUGCCACCAGACUCGUGCAGGUUGCCGAGGGCCUGCAGAUGAGCGAUGUGGCAGACGCGUGCCGUGCGGCGCUGGGCGCGGUUUCCGGCGGUUUCACUGCUCCCCAACGUUCGGACGCUGAAUCGCACUCGUCACCGCCACCAAUCAUCACUGUGUGCCCCUUAUCUGAUGAAGACCCCGCCGCUAAGGAAGAGGGCGAGACGUGGCAGUUCGUAUUCACUGAUGGCGGCGUCGCGUCUUCACUCCCCGUGACGUCACUCCCCGUGACGUCAAUCCCUGUGACGUCAAUCCCCGUGACGUCAAUCCCCGUGACGUCAAUCCCCGUGACGUCAAUCCCCGUGAUGCCAAGUGCGGAGAAAAAUGCCUCUAGUGUAAAUGAGGGCGAUGGGACCAGAAAGAAUCCUGCAGGCACACCGCUCCCUGUGACAUCCGUCCUCGUGACAUCGCUUCCUGUGCUGCCUUCCGAUGCCACGACCUUACUUUCCGAGCCGCCCCCUGCAGUGCAGGAAGUGAAGUCAAUUGUGCCAUCGCCGGCCGGAAUCGGUGCAGUGCGGGACCCGGAGGCGGUGGCACCGGUGCUAAUCCAUCGCCGGCGUCUCAAAGCCGGGCUGGUCGGAACGGCAGCCACUCCACUGACAGCACCACCAACCACACCACAGCAACUGCCGCCGUCCGGCCACACUACCGCACACACUGCCACUACAACCACCGCCACGACCACCGCCGCCACGACCACCGCCGCCACCACCACCGCAACCACAAUCGACGAGGGGCAGCAGCGUGAGGAAGCGUGUAAACGUGGAGCCACGCGCAGGAAGAGGGUGGCGCCAGCCGCGGCGGUGAAGGAGCCGGUGCCGAGUCGCGGGUCCCCGCGCAGUACUCCCCCCGUGGCCCCCCAUGCUGACACGGCAGGAGAGAUUGGGGGUAGAGAGAAGGCGUCUGGCCCUACAUCCCGGAAGAAGCGCAGAAAGCGACCUCCCAUUGCGUGCAACCUCUGCGGGAAGGUGUUCCAGUACAUGGCCGGCAUGCUGUACCACCAGCGCUCGGAACACUUUGCGGAGAAGCCGUUUGCGUGUGGCGAGUGCGGCAGCCGCUUCGCCGCCGCCUCCACGCUCAAGAACCACGAGCGUCUCCACACGGGCGAGCGCCCGCACACGUGCCCACACUGCCCCCUCGCCUUCCCGCAGCCCGCGGCACUCGCAUACCACCUCAAGCGGAAGCACGCCAUGGGCCGGCUGUACAGCUGCCAGUACUGCGAGGCCGCGUUUCCUCAGGCGGUGGAGCUGACACGCCACGUGCGCACGCAUACGGGGGACCGCCCCUACGUGUGUCGCCCUUGCGGCAAGGGCUUCAGCCAGGCCAACGGACUCUCGCUGCACCUCCGCACCCACCACCUCAUAGAGGAACCCAAUGACUGUCAGAAGUGCCACUUGAGUUUCCCUUCAGCCGAGGAGUAUUUUAAUCACAUCAAAGAGACACACCCAAACGAGUGCUUCCCAUGCGACCACUGCCAGCGCACCUUCACCACUCCCGCCGCCUUGGAGCGACACCUGGUGACUCACCUGGGAGGCAAACCCUACUCCUGUGACGUGUGUUGCAAGGCCUACCAGCACCUGUCAGGGCUGUGGUACCACAACCGCGUGCAUCACCCAGCGGUGUUUGCCGCUCAGAAUCGCCGCAGCACCGCGCGGGCCGGACCUCUCGUCUGCCACCUUUGCGACACCACCUUUGAUGGCAAAGCGGCGUACAUCCGGCACAGCAAGGCCCGCGACUGCGAGUCCCAGCCACAGCUGUGUGGCCUGUGCCAGGCCGUGUUCGCCGACAGCCGCGCGUUGCACAACCACCUCAAGAGCACACACCCCGGAGGCCUGCCCUUCUGCUGCCCCAGCUGCCCCCUCUCCUUCCGGCAUCAAUCGGCCCGGCAGUACCACUGCACCACUGAGCACCCGGUUCCACCUCCACUCGCGCUGUCCCCGCCGCAUUUCGCCGCAUCCUGCGCAGGUCCUGCCGAGCAUGCGGUGACAGCACCCACGAGAGAGCGGAUGACGAUACUGAUCAUACAAGCGGGUGGUGGCGAUGGUGGCGACGGUGGCGGCAAUGGCGAUGGUGGUGUUGACACAGGAGUUGCUAAGGGCACUCUGCAAAUUACCGAAUACAGGGAUAAUGAAGAUGUCGGCACGGCCGAUUGGACGGCAGCAGAGGCGCCAAUGCAUGAUGCAGCCGCGGAAAGCACAGCCGCGGAAGGCACAGCCGCAGCUGCUGUAGCCACCUCGCCCGACACAGCCACGCAUGACACAACCACUCCAGCUAAAACCGGACUCGGCAAUGCGAAGGCUGAUGAAACACCAGCCAACAUAGCUACAAUUGACAAAACGGCACAUAACAUAACUGGAGCUGAUAUGACAGCACACAACAUAGCUGGAGCUGACAUAACAGCUCAUGAUGUAGCUACAGCUGACAUAACAGCACAAAGCAUACCUACAGCUGGUAUAACACCUCAUGACAUAGCUCCAGUUGAUAUAACAGCACAUGAUGUAGCUACAGCUGAUAUAACAACUCAUGUCGUAGCUACAGCUGAUAUAAGAGGACAUAUAUCUAGAGCUGAUAUAACUCAUGACAUAGUUACAGUUCAUAUAACAGCAGCUGACAUAACUACAGAUGACAUAACAACACCCAACAUAACUUCUGCUGACAUUACAGCUGAUAUAACAGCAGCUGAUUUGCACUCGCCCGAUAAAGCAACAGAAGAAACGACACCUGAUAUAUCGACACACGACAUGACCACGACAGAAUUUUUCUUUUGAUAACAUCAUCCCUCGAGAAUUGAACCUGAUAUGCACCAGAGGGGGGGAGGAAAUGUGAGAGAAAUUAAGAAGUCAAAACAUCCAGAGAAAGUUCUACACAAGUCAACACACUGACAGAAGCAUCGACGAUUACAAUCCAGCACUCCGGCAGCGUUCUUAUGAGCAGUGGCAUGUGGGCCUGCAAGACGAGUUAUUUACUAGUUCAAUUCUUUUUUUGUCCAAUUAAAGUGCCGUUUAUGCGAACACAAGUUUUUUUUUUUAAUCGAAAGGACGUACAGUAUCCCUCGUUAUUCAUGAACUUGUUACCCGUGAUUUUGGCUAUCCGCGAAUCGCAUCUGGAACUCUACACUACUGCAUCGAGGGAGACAGAGAGAUCGUGAUGAUGCAUAGCAUCGUAAUUUAAUGUAAGUUCAUUUAUAAACUAUGAUAUGUUUUAAUAUUUUUUAUAUUUACUUUGUUUAUUAUAAAAAAAAUUGUCUUAUAAUCAUGUAUUUUAUGGCUUAUUUAUGCAUUAAGACAACCCAUAAAAAAUGCCAUAAGCCAAUAUUCGAGAAAUUUGCCAUGAGAAUGCAUCAAUUCGUGAAUCGUGCAUCAGCCACAGUGACAUGGGUUGACAUGGCAUCUGCUUUAAGUUAUGUCUGUUAUGCCCCUGGCUCAGGUUCAAGGCUCGCAUGAAAUGGUUGGUGAAUAAUGAGCACCAAUGCCUGCGUGGUGUUUAAAAUGGGGUGACCGGUAAAUCGUUACAAACCAUUCUUAAGUGUUUACAACAAAUUUCUCUGUGGCUGAGGCAUUUAAAUGUUAAAAUAUGUUUAGAGUUCAUUUUCUUGGUUCUUU